CCUGUCUAGUAAGCGUGUCGUUUGUGGUGUAGGAACCGCUUUCAUUUGCGUCUUCUGAUUGGAUUCAAGUUUUUCAAGUUACAUCGCGCAUCGCGGCUUCUUUUUAUGUUUAACUAACUAUUACUAGUAGUAAAUAAGAUUCCAGUAAAAGAAGAGCUAAACUGAAGAACCGUUUAGAUUGAAUAUGGGUCGCUACACGAGCCGGAGUCGCGACAGAGACAGGAGACGCAGGUCUCGUACAAGAUCUCGCAGUAGGUCUCCACGAGAGAGGAGAAACUGGGGUGGCAGCGGUGGUAGAGAUCGAGGAGGUGGCAGAAACAGCCGUGGUCAACCCGGAGCAAACUUGAGGAAGCCUAGGUGGGAUCUAAGCAGACUGGAACCGUUCAAGAAAGAUUUUUAUAUACCGCACGAAGCAGUUCAAAAUCGUGACCUACGAAUAGUCGAACAAUAUCGAAGUGAAAAAGAAAUUACUCUGAAAGGAAAGAACAUACCUAAUCCUGUAUUUACCUUCGAAGAAACAGGUUUUCCCGACUAUGUUCUCAAGGAGAUUAAGCGACAAGGUUUUACCGAGCCUACGUCGAUUCAAGCGCAAGGUUGGCCAAUUGCUUUAAGUGGAAGGGAUAUGGUUGGAAUUGCUUCGACUGGAUCCGGAAAAACAUUGUCUUAUAUAUUACCGGCAAUUGUACAUAUUAACAGCCAACCUAAAUUAGGCCGUAAGGACGGCCCAAUCGCGUUAGUUUUGGCUCCUACUAGAGAGCUCGCGCAACAAAUUCAGCAAGUUGCCGAUGAUUUUGGCCAUUCUUCGGGUAUUAGAAACACUUGCCUGUACGGUGGUGCGCCGAAAGGCGCGCAAGCUAGGGACCUGGACGGUGGUGUAGAAAUCGUUAUAGCUACACCCGGUAGAUUACUGGAUUUCUUGGAAUCCGGUCGUACAAACUUGAUGAGAUGCACUUAUCUGGUACUGGAUGAAGCGGACAGAAUGCUGGAUAUGGGAUUCGAGCCGCAAAUUAGGAAAAUUAUUGAACAAAUUAGACCGGAUAGGCAGACGUUAAUGUGGUCCGCUACAUGGCCUAAAGAAGUGAAAAACUUAGCCGAAGAUUUCUUAAAAGAUUACGCUCAGAUCAACGUCGGUUCUCUUCAAUUAGCUGCUAAUCAUAAUAUAUUACAAAUCAUCGACGUUUGUCAGGAUUACGAGAAAGAGAACAAAUUGAGUACACUUUUGAAAGAGAUAAUGGCAGAAAGCGAGAACAAGACGAUUGUGUUUAUCGAAACGAAACGCAGGGUAGAUGAAAUAACUAGAAAAAUGAAGAGAGAUGGUUGGCCCGCCGUUUGUAUACACGGUGACAAAACGCAGCAAGAAAGGGAUUGGGUUUUACAAGAUUUUAGAUCGGGGAAAGCACCAAUUCUUGUUGCAACGGAUGUUGCCGCUCGUGGUCUCGGUAAGUAAAAUAUUUGCUACAACAUAAUGAAAUUCUAAGAACAAGCAUCGUUGCCCAUUUUCCUUUGGUAUGGAGAAUGAAAUACUUUGUAAAUUAUAUUAUCUUUGAAAAUCUUAUUUCUGCUUAAUCGCAGUGAUACACAACGGAUCUUGUUCCGAUAAAAGCAAAAGCUACUUGUAUUAUUUUCCCAGAAAUAAUUAUGCUAGCACACGAUCGAUAUAAUACGUAACGAACCAUGCAAGUAGGUACGUACACGCGUAGUUGUGAAAGAAACCGUUUCACUUUUACAUUCAGUUGCGGAACAAGACUUGGUUGUGCACACGCUAAUUUACACUUGGACCACUUUAUGUGCCAGAAGGAUAAUCCGAUGACUUUAUAGCAAGCAAACAGAUAACUACUGCUACAGACUACUCGCAUAGACGAAAUAACUGGAUAGUAUUUUUAAAAA